AUGCAUCUCACCAACCCCCUCCUCCUCCUCGCCACCCUCUCGGCCACCUCCCUCGCCAUCCCAACCAACAUCAAACGCCAGGUCACCUCCUCCACCCCCAUCUCUAGCCCCUCCUCUUCCUCUUCCUCCUCCUCCAGCUCAGACGGCUACUCCACCGCCGGCUUCGGCUCCAACACCGCCUCCUCCGGCUCCGACAUCACCUACAAAGGCAACGUCGGCUCCCCCUGGGGCAGCAACAUCAUCGAGGUCUCCUCCUCCGCUGCAUCCUCCUACAAGCACGUUCUGGAGAUCACCGGCCCCGACUCCGAGGCCUGGUCCGUCGUCUUCUGGAACAAGUACGGCCCCGAUGGUCAGAUGAACGGCUGGUACGGAUACUCCGCGCUGAACCUGGACGUCGAGGCCGGAGAGACCAAAUACGUGGCUCUCGCUGAUGACACGAACGGUGGCUUCGCUGCCGCCCCCUCCUCGUCUGAGAUCCCUAAGGAUAAUGGCGGCGGGUACGCUGCUACCUGGGGUGAGUUUGAUUUCAGCUCCGCCGGUAAUGGCGGCUGGAGCGGGUUCGAUGUUAGUGCGAUUGCGGCGCAGAAUGCAGGCCUCGAUGUCCAGGGUAUGAGUAUUUGUGAGCAGGGCAGUGGCACCUGCUCCAGUAUUACGACUGAUGCUGGCUCUGUCGAUAAUGCGUAUACCACCGCCGAGACGGAUAUUGGUGGUAUUGGAGGCAAUAUCUCGGGCGAUGGUCAGGUUAUCUUGACGGUUACGCUGGGGUAUGAUGGUUAA